UUUUCAGAUCAUUUGAAUGACAAACGCGAGUUGGAGCGAGUAUAAAGUAUAAAAGCCUGCUGGCAGCCACAGGUCGUUGGACACAUUCCCACAAACUCACUCAUCGCAUCAAACAUGGGCAAGAUCAUCUUCUACGAGGACAGGAACUUCCAGGGGCGCUCCUAUGAGUGCAUGAGCGACUGUGCCGACAUGUCCUCCUACCUGAGCAGGUGUAACUCCUGCAGGGUGGAGAGCGGCUGCUUCAUGGUCUAUGAGCGUCCAAACUACACUGGAAACCAAUACUUUCUAAGAAGAGGCGAGUACUCUGACUACAACUCCUUUGGCAUGAGCGGCUCCAUCCGGUCCUGCCGUCUGAUUCCACAGCACAGAGGGUCUUACCGGCUGAGGAUCUAUGAGAAGGAGAACUUCCAGGGUCAAAACUUUGAGCUGCUGGAUGACUGCAACAACAUCCAGGACCGCUACCGUAUGCCAGACUGCCAGUCCUGCACGGUGAUGGACGGACACUGGCUGAUGUACGAGCAGCCUCACUACAGAGGCAGGAUGAUGUACUUCAGGCCUGGAGAGUACAGGAGCAUGAGAGACGUGGGCUACAGCGGCAUGAGGAUCAGCUCCGUCAGGCGCAUCAUGGACUCCUGUUAAAACACAACAUUUCAAAUGGUUUGACAAAUAAAACGCAUGAGACUCAAAA